AUGUUAGAUGAUUUUGAUGGUGAUAAAUCAGGUGGUAGUAAUGAUAGUGAUGGUUUCGUCAGUUAUUCUAAUGAAGGUGUUGGUGGUGGUCCAGUUGACCAUUAUCCGAGCAUUUCCCAACUUUCACAACCAU